UUCCUGUUUCUCUAUGGCAUAAUCUGAUAACAACGUAUCGAUCUAAGCCUCGGUAAAAAUGAACCUGUCGGUUUUAUCUGAGGAUUCUUAUAUUCAAAGAAUUGAGAAUUGUUAUGAGAAUUAAGAAUGUACCUGAGGGAAGAAUGAGAAACUCUGAUAUGAUUUAGUAACUUUCUAAUCAGAUAGGAAUGAUUUCGUGUUCGCUCAACAGUCAUUGAGCAGUUUGUGGGUGGCCUUCACCCAUCUCAUCUCACAACCUUCCCGGGUGGAGUCGGCUGAACAUUUUCAGCCAUGCGUCUGUUCCUGCGUCGGCGCAUGUCCCCCCUGAAGUUGGUCCUCAUGGGGGGCACCGUGUUCAUGGUGGUCCUGGUGGUCCUCCAGAGGGACGUGAGUUCGGGGCCCCCCCAGGACCCCUGGUUCCAGGAGCUGGUCCAGAAGAAGGAGAGGGUGUUGGUCAUGGUGCGCGGGGCCGUCAACAACCUGGGCUUCCAGAUCGGUGCCCCCCAGGCCCCGUCCGAAGAGGCCCAGCCCACCGAGGACCACCACUGCCCCUCGGGCUUCUACACCCAGGCAGAGCUGUCUCCGGCACUGGAGAGACCCCCACAGGACCCCCAGAGCCAGGGGGAAGGGUCCAGGGGUUUUCAGCAGGAAAAGAUGACACCAGAGGAGGAGAAGGAGAAGGAGGACGGCAUGACCAGGAACUGUUUCAACCAGUUUGCCAGUGACCGCAUCUCUCUUCACCGAGGCCUCGGGGACGACACCAGGCCACCAGAGUGCGUGGAGCGGAAAUACCGCCGCUGCCCUCCCCUGCCCACCACCAGCGUGGUGAUCGUGUUCCACAACGAGGCCUGGUCCACGCUGCUGCGGACCGUGUACAGCGUCCUCCACACCUCCCCCGCCUCCCUGCUCACAGAGAUCAUCAUGGUGGACGACGCCAGCACCGCAGAGCACCUCAAGACCCAGCUGGAUGAGUACGUGCGUCCGCUGAAGAUCGUCCGCGUGAUGCGCCAGGCGGAGCGGAAGGGCCUGAUCACCGCCAGGCUGCUAGGGGCCAGCGUGGCUACAGGGGAGGUGCUCACCUUCCUGGACGCCCACUGUGAGUGUUUUCACGGCUGGCUGGAGCCCCUGCUGGCGAGGAUCGUGGAGGAGCCCACCGCCGUGGUGAGCCCCGAGAUCACCACCAUCGACCUCAACAACUUCCAGUUCAACAAGCCCCAGCCGUCGGGCCGCGCCCGCAACCGCGGCAACUUCGACUGGAGCCUGACGUUCGGCUGGGAGGCCAUCCCGGAGCACGAGAGACAGAGGCGCAAGGACGAGACGUACCCCGUCAAAACUCCAACCUUUGCCGGCGGUCUGUUCUCCAUCUCCAAGAAAUACUUUGAGCACAUCGGUACCUAUGACGACAAGAUGGAGAUCUGGGGUGGGGAGAAUGUGGAGAUGUCCUUCAGGGUGUGGCAGUGCGGAGGGCAGCUGGAGAUCAUCCCCUGCUCUGUGGUGGGCCACGUGUUCAGGACCAAGAGCCCCCACACCUUCCCCAAGGGCACAGAGGUCAUCACACGCAACCAGGUGCGCCUGGCUGAGGUCUGGAUGGACGACUACAAGCAGAUAUUUUAUCGGCGCAACAAGAAUGCGGCCAACAUGGCCAGCGAGAACAAGUACGGGGACAUCUCUGAACGGGUCAACCUACGGGAGCGGCUGCAGUGCAAGAACUUCACAUGGUACAUGAACACCAUCUACCCAGAGGCCUUUGUUCCAGACCUUGCCCCCACCAAGUUUGGAGCAAUAAAGAACUCAGGCGAUCAGAGAUGUCUGGAUGUGGGCGAAAACAACAACAACGGCGGGAACCCGGUCAUCAUGUACACGUGUCACAACAUGGGUGGCAACCAGUACUUUGAGUACACUUCCCAUCUGGAGCUGCGCCACAACAUUGGGAAGCAGCUCUGCCUCCACGCCAUGCCACAUCCACAGCCGCUGAAGAUAGAGGUGUGCCAGCUGAACCGUCAGGGCACAGUCGUGGCUCCGCCACAAGAGUGGGUGAUCACAGAGGAACAGCUCCUCAAGAACCCGUCUAGUGGGCAGUGUUUGAACCUGAAAGGAGGCCAACUCAUCAUGGACACCUGUGUCGCUGCUGACCUCAACCAGCACUGGGCCUUUAGUUGACCUUUAGACCCAUGGAUGAAUGUCUCUCUCCUCCUUCCCUUGACCCCCACCCCACCCCCCCACCUCACCAGAGCUGGCCAAACAGAAAGCCCCACCCUGCAUAGUGCACACAGGACAGGGGCUUGGUACAACCUGGCUUCAAUGGACUCUGGCCUCGGCGGACUCUGGAACACGGAAGUGUUGCUAUGUACUAAAAAGGCAUAGGACCUAUCGACCUGAGAAACUCUGGUUUCUUAAUAUAUAUAUACAUAUAUUUAUGUAUAUAUAUAUAUAUUUGAAUGUAAAAUCUCAGGAAUGGCAUUUGAAUGUGACUGGACGCUUCUCUAGCCAAAAAGCGUGAACAUUGGAGAGGGCAGUGGCCACUACAGGGCAAGGGGGGUGUUCUAGAUCAAUCUAGGGUUCCUCAGACACAUGUUGGUGCUAGUCUAGUACAGAGAGACCUUUUGAUGAAGAAUAUUCACUGACAUACUAUAUGAGUCUAUUGAAUUGAGCUGUCUGUCUGUGAAACCGGACGUCGGACCUCAAGCAAAACCCUUUUACACUCCAGCUUUUGUGUGUUAAUUUAUAUUGUCAGUGAAUAAAUGCUGACUAAUUUGUUGCUGUGAUGGUGCAAAUAUCCGUCAUGUCUUGCCAAAAGGAAAUGUCAGGAAAAUUAAAAUGCCGUUGUCAUU